UACCAAUACGAUAUAAAAAGGCCCUGACCAAAUCCAAAGUUAGUUUCAUAAUAAUUGUUCUAAGCUGAAGUUUAUCGUCAUGUCAGGUCUCCAAGUAAUAUAUUUCGUGGCAGUAUUGUGUGUCGUUAAGGCCGCUGUUACGGUUAACAUAUAUGAAGAAGAUUCUAAUAGCAAUGAAAUGGAAUACAGGAAUGAUAUGGAUAAUGAAGUAGAAGGGGUAAAAACUGCAUCUUUACUUAGAAAACAUUGUAGACCAGCAAUCUGUAAUUACCAUUGUCAGAGUUUGGGUUACAGCGGCGGCUCCUGUAGAAGCGGCCAUUGCAUCUGUAACAGCAAUGAUGACCCACACCAUCUGAAGCUCAAUGAACUCAAGAGCUGCAACUAUCAAGCCUGUGACCAAUUGUGUCGUCGCCUGGGAUUCCCGGGAGGUGCCUGUGUCGGAGACCGCUGCAAGUGCGACAACUUUAAGAAUGAAUUGAACCUCCAAAAUAUCAACGAACUAGACAGCUGCAACUAUCAGGCCUGUGAUCAAUUGUGCCGUCGCCUGGGAUUCCCGGGAGGUGUCUGUGUUGGAGACCGCUGCAAGUGCGACAACUUUAGGAAUGAAUUAACUCCCCAUAUCAUAAAUACAAAAGCGGUUGGCUUUAAUGAAGUGUCUGAAAACAACAAGGAGAAUGAAAAGGAAUGCAGUAAAAGUGUAUGUGAAGACAAUUGUCAGAAUCUUGGACUACCCGCAGGACAUUGCACUGAUGGACAGUGCAUCUGUGAUAACUAUAGCAAAGUCAGAUCUCUGGGAGCUUGCGAUGUGGUUGCCUGUAAUGAUAUGUGCCAUCGAAUGCACUACAUAGGAGGGAUGUGUAGACAGGGCUCCUGUCAUUGUUAUUAAUAAUACCUUACAUUGAUUUCUUCAUGCAACAUUUAACAAAUAUAUUUUAAUUUUUGUAUCAAUAAUAAUCUAUGCUAAAAUUA